AUGAAUCCAUCAUAUGGCCGGGUUCGUAAGAAAGUAUCCAUUAUAUCUAUUCCAGAGUUCGUUCCCGAGCAUUAUGAAUACGAAAACGAAACGACGGCCAGUGGAGGUGCUAGUGGUGGUGGAAGCACACGAAUUGAAUUUGAUUUUGAUGAUUUUGAGGAACAAAUUAUGAGGAAAUCCAGCAUGGCUCUUCCUAGUCGGAAGUUAACCAUUGCCAACAGUAUUGAUCACGGAAACAAUGGAAAUUUACAUAUUGGAGAUAUUAUUUCUCUUUAUACAGAAUCAUCUUCAAAUCAAGAACAGAGAGGAUUCUUGAGCACACUUGGAUUGGUAGACGAUCGAUGUAUUGUUGAACUUAAAGAUGGGCGGCCUGAAAGCCCGCCAAAAAAGUUUCGAGAUUGCCUUUUUAAAGUGUGUCCUGUUAAUCGAUAUGCAGCUCAAAAGCAUUUAUGGACCGAGCAAAAGCGAUUUCAAACUGGAGAUUCAAUGUUUGACGAUGAUCUGAUGAAUAAGCUGAAAGUUGCUGCGGAUAAGGAGCGGGAAGAAAACGAGUCUGAAUUUCAAAAAACUCUCGGAAACGUUAUACAAUAUGGUUCAAUGGUUCAGUUGCUUCAUGUCAAAUCAAAUAAAUAUAUCACAGUGCAAAAGAACUCACCAGCAAAAAGAGAACGAAAUGCGAUGAAAGUUUAUCUGGAUCGUGCUGGAAAUGAAGGAAGUUGGUUUAUAAUCGAACCAGCAUACAAGCAUUAUGCUAUUGGAGACAACGUAUCUGCUGGAAACAAGAUAUCAUUGAUUCCAAACUCAGUAUCCACAACUCAAGCCGGACAUGUCAAAUCACAGCUUCAUCUUUCAUCAUUCAAUCUUCUCGAUCAUCAAUCAGCUGCCGAAGUUAACUGUUUGAAUGAACCAACUGAAUGGCAGGUCUUUAUGUUUUUGCUUUUUGAUGAAAACCAGCAGAACAGUGUGAAAUCAGGAGAUGUUGUGAGAUUGUUUCAUGCAGAUCAGCAGACUUUUUUGACAUUAGAUACAAUUCCAAAGCAGAAUCCGCCAACUGAUGUAGUUUUUCUAAGAAUGACGAAUCGACCGUCGGCAGCUGAUGCAACAAGUUCGAGGGCAUUGUGGGAAGUACAGGUUGUCCAAACAAAUGCCUAUCGUGGAGGAACUGCUAAAUGGAACAAAGCAUACCGAUUCAAACAUCUUGCAACUGAUAUGUACCUUUCCGCAGAGCCAUCACAAGUUCAAGUGAAACCAGCAAUGAAUGGAAGACGUGCGAGUUUAAUUUACUCAAAAACAAAUAAUCCAAUGGCUAUGUAUUCUGAUGGUCCAAACGGAGUUACUAAUGAGUCAACAGACACAACACAGCAAAAUAUUCCAAGCGUUUGGGUUCUAGGGCCGACAAAAUCAGAAUUCCCAGAAGAAGAUGCUAAUUUGUUAUUCCAAUUGGAUCCGUCCACAUUCAUGAAAUCAAACAAAGAAGUUCCAAGACGUUCAUACGUUCGUCUUCUCCAUCAGAGCUCUGAUAAAUGGGUUCAUGCAACUAAUGCAACUGAGAAACAGAAUCUUCACUACAGUAGUAAAAAUGAGAAAGGAUGGGUUAAAGUGAUAUGUGAAAAGAAUCGAGUUGACAAGGAAACGUUUGCUUUGUUACCUGUGAACCCCGAUGAGGUCCGCGAUCUGGAUUUUGCAAAUGAUGCAUGCAAGGCUCUUCGGAACUUCAUUAAACUCAUAAAAAUUGGUCAAGUAAUUUCAAAAGAAUCAAUUAACUCAACCACCCAAUUACUGAUUGAUUGCAUUCUCUUCGUGACAAAUUCCUCUGAUCAUCUUGCGGAUCCGCUCAAAAUCUCCGAUUUCUCUCCAUCUCGAGAUCGGCAGAAGUUGCUCCGUGAGCAAGAAGUUUUGAAUCAAGUGUUCCUUUUGUUGAAAGCACCAUUCCUUCCUCGUCAAGGUACCACUGAACUUGGACCGCUUCUCAGCUCUCCUUCGGAGUUGAGUGAUAGCCGAAAUGAGAUUUUCAAAACAAUGUUCCAAUUGUGUUAUUGUCUUUUGAAAUACUCUCAAGUCAGUUAUAGAAAGAAUCAGGAAUUUCUGGCAGAGAAGUUUGGAGAAAUUCAGGAACAAAUUGGUUUCGAUUUGAUGGCAGAAGACACGAUGACAGCUGUUUUGCACAAUAAUCCAAAGCUUCUUGAAAAAUAUGUGAAGACUCCCCACGUCGAGAGAUUCGUUGAGCUGGUCAGAAAUAAUCGUCAGGGAAAAUUCCUUGACUACCUUGCUGAUCUUUGCGUCUGUCGUGGUGAAGCCAACAAGAAAAUUCAAGAACUUAUCUGCACAUCAGUUCUCAGUUCAAAGCAUAGGGAUAUUUUUAUGGACACAAAAAUCAUCGACGGAGAAAUUGAAGUAGGAUGGGCUCCCAAUUUCAGAAAACUUGUUGAUAUAGCAGAAGGCGCAAAGUCAAACAGUGAUGAUGCUGAACAUUUGGAUUAUUAUCGUCAUCAACUGGAUCUACUCUCUCAAAUGUGUCAAGAACAACAGUAUCUUGCAAUCGAUCCACCGCCAGAAAGACGUCUCAUGAACAUUUCUCAACAACUUCCAGCUGAACUUGUUCUCCAAUGCAUGUCUGACAACCGUCUUCCUUACGAUCUUCGAGGGUCAUUUACACGAUUAAUGCUCCAUCUUCAUGUUGUUCGAGGCAGCCCAAUGUCCGCAAUCCGACAUGCAAGACUUUGGUGGAGUAUUCCAGAAAAUGUGAAUGUAUCAACUUAUGAAUCUGUAUCUGUGGAGGCAUACUCUGAUGGCAGUCGAAUGAGAAUCGGAGAAGGAAUUGCGCAUAAAGUUCUUGCGACGGUGGAAACAUAUUUGAUGGGUUUAAGAAAUCAAUCCAUGGAAGAGAGACAAAGUGUAAACUCUAGCAAGUUAACAUAUGAGAUUGUGAACCUUGCAAAAGCAUUGGCUCAAUUCAAUUUCUACUCAUUCAAUGAUCUACUUCAAUUAACUCAAAAUCUUCUUGCUAUCAUAAACGAAGGACCGGCAACUGAACAAGUACCAUCCCAUAGAGCAAUGGUGAAUGCAAUUCGAAAUAUGUCAAAAUCAAUGAUGAGAGGAGGUAACAAGGAAAACUCAAAAGAUCUUGCUAAAACUCCAUCAGUAACGGCGGAAGAGGCCGGUCGAACGAAAGAAGGAAGAGCUUUGAACGUUAAAACAAAGUUGAUUGUCGCUGAAAUCUUGCAAUUUGUGAUGGACGUAAGGAGGGAUUAUCGUAUCACAAUGGCUCUUUCGUGGUUCAAAAAUGUUUUCCCUUGUGAUGAAGAUGGUUCAUUGAUGCACUCAGCCAGUAUUAAUGAGAGAAUGGCUUCCGAACUCUAUGAUGCAAUCUAUCGUUCAUCUGGACAUGAACUCCAUUUAGAUGGAAGGGAUGGGCAACUUCUUCUUGCUAUUUUACUUCAAAUGACAAUGUCCGAUUAUCCACCAUUGACCAGCAUUGCGCUUAAAGUUUUCUUCCGGCAUUUCACUCAAUAUCAAGAAUUGUUGGAAGAUUUGAAACAAGUUCAACUUCUAGUAUCAAAUAAUGAUGUGGAGAACUAUCGACAAAUUGACAGAGAUCUGUUCAUUUUGAAGAAUCUCACUGAAAAAUCUGAGUUAUGGGUUCAUGGAGAUCGUCAUCAUUCAAUUGAUACAAAAGAAGUUGACGAGAAGGAGAGAACGACUGAACAUGACUUGCUGGAUCAUGACUUGAAAUCACCACGAGCUUUCGAUUCGGGAGACUCGAUGGAAGCUUUAAUGGCUGUUUUGAAUGAACAUUAUCCAAGUAUUCGAAAUGAAUGCCUCCAACUUCUCAAUCGUCUCCUCAUUAAAGACGAUCGAAAUGAUGCAGCUGUGGCUCUUCAAGAGCUAAGUGAUAAAGCUCCUCUCAUUGCUUAUCCAUUAAUUCGUCAAAUGUUGGUUCGUUUAACAGGGAUGUGUUAUCGAAAAGGUGAUCCGAAACCUGACACAAUGAAUCAACAACUUUUGAAGAAUAUGAGAGUAUACGAAGUUGUGUUAGAGUUCAUAAGUGUUCCUCAUGAUAAGAAACAUGAUCAUGAUAUGAUGAAACUGAUAACGUUGUCUCAUGAAUUUUUGCGAAGCUUCUGCAAGACAAACAAGGAGAAUCAGAGUAGACUGUACAAGUUUAUUUCAUAUGAAAAAGAUGCAAAAGAAGGAAUGCUCCGAGUGGAGACUAUUGAAGAAGUUGGAACACUGGUGGCUAUUUUCCGUAACAAUAGAGAACUUGCUUCGAAUGUUCCAGAAGAAUUGAUAGCCCACAUUGUCGGGCUCAUUGAGCAUAACUCAAGAAAUCCGAUUUUUCUUGAACUUUUGCAAGCACUGGUCUGUGUCUACGACAAAGAAAUUGAAAGUGGUCAAGAAAAAGUUGCAAAUGAAAUCUGUGCAGCUUCCGAUGAAGUUAGACAACUGUACGUGGAUAAUGCAUCUUUUGAAGAGCUGGAAGCAAUGAUGAAAGACGAAAAGGAAUCAAAGGGACGUAGUUCUGACAGCAGAAGAAAGCUGAAAUAUCACAUUGAAUUGGUCAGAUUGCUUGCAAUGUGUACAAGAGGAAAGAAUGGAAACACUGAAUUGAAAUGUGCAUCUCAAAUUCCAAUGGACCACAUAGUUCGCGUUGUCACUGCUAAGCAAUGUCUUGUAGAAGUGAAAACGGUUUAUCUUCAACUUCUUCUUCAUUGCUAUAUUGAUACUGAUGCCGAAAUGAAAGAUGCUUACAAAACAGAAUAUGUUGAUCACAUUCUGAACAAUCUACUGGAAGAUAUUCGUUCACUUCGAGUCGAGAAAUUAACAGGAGCUGAAACUGCAACAUUGGAGCAUUACAUCUGUCACACGGUCACUGAAGUCCUCAUCAAAUUCUUUGAAGCGCCAUAUUCAGCUCUUCAACAAGCAAAAGUUGAUGUUCAUCAUCAUAAGAAGACAUUCUCGGAAGUUUUGUUAGAACUAACUUAUUUGGAAAAGGGAAAGCUCAGGGGAUCAAAAUCUUCAAGGAAUUGGUAUCGGGUCGCUGAGUGUAUCAAGAGAUUGACUAAAUGGGCGGAAGAGCACAAUAUCACGCUCCCAGCAACACUUGCUGGACCACAGAUGUCUGGUCAAACGUCGGUUCGACAAAAAUGGCAACAAGCUGCGUCUUCUGCAAAAUGGAUUGGAAUUGGAAAGAGACUCAAUCGUCAAAAUACGCUCAAUCCUGGUCAUCGACUCUAUGGAACAUCAAACUCUAUGACUGAGCAUACCUCUGCAAAUGUUGUAACCUGUUAUCAUAUGAUGAUCGGAGAGUUUAAAUUCUAUCUUCAUCCACUUCAUGCUGCCGAAGGAAGUGUUCUUGUUGAAGUUCUACAUACACCUGAACUACUCUUCCCAGAAGGAUCAGCACUUCGUGAUCAAUGUGCUCGUGGAGGUGUUGUUGCAAAACUCAUUCAACAUUGUAAAACCCUGAUGCAAAACAAACAAGAUAAUCUCUGUGCUCGUGUGCUUCAGACGUUGUGCAAAAUGUGCGAUUGCACAAAACAGCAGCUUACUCAUCAGGGCCAACAGCUUCGGCAACUUCUGCUCCAAAGAUACUUUGGACAUCAUAAUAAUCAUCACCCACCAUUAGAUCGGCAACAGUCAAAGAUUGGGGAAGUUAUUGAAGCAGUUAAAGAAAAGAAAGAAGAAACUUGGAGUCAAGAAAGAGAUUUAUAUGCAAUACAGUGUAAGCUGAAUGAUGCAGGAGCAUCUGAUCUUGUUACUGACAUUAUUAUAAUGGAACCGAGUAGAGAAAUAUUCCUUAAAGCAAUUCAUUUAGCAAGGGCUCUUCUUCAUGAAGGAAAUGAUAAGGUUCAACACUCUUUUUACAUGCGGAUGAAGCAAAAAGACAUCCAUGAACCAUUCUUCAAAGCUAUUUUGACUAGAAUUCAAACAGCUCAGAACAGAUUGAAAAGUGAUAUGAUGAGUUGCAGUGACAGUAAACCAAAAGUUUCAUUGUCAGCAACAGUGAGUAGACGAUCAUCUACUGUUCUAACUCCUCUAAUUGAUGCUGGUGAUACGGGUUUCAAUGGAGCAUUAUUUGAAGUUCCACAACAAGUUCGUCAUCCUUCAAUUUCGGAAAUGUCCCAAUUAAGCAACGAUUUGACACACUCGAUUCCUGAUUUAGCACCUUAUCAAGAUGAAGAAAAAUCCACUGAUGCAUUGCCUCCAGAAGUUGCACUUGUUGAACCAAUCCUUCGUGUUCUUCAACUAUUAUGUGAAAACCACAACAGUCUUCUUCAAAACUUCCUUCGUAAACAAUCUGAUAGAACAAAUCACAACUUGGUUUCUGAAACUCUUAGCUUCUUGGAUACAGUCUGUGGAUCUACAAAAGGAAGUCUUGGAGUGUUUGGUGAAAUUGGAGAGCACAAUUUCUCUCUUAUUACACAAACACUUGCCACGUUGACUGAAUUCUGUCAAGGUCCAUGUCAUGAGAAUCAGAAUACAAUGGCAAUGCAAGAAAAUGGACUGAACAUUAUCAUUUCCCUGGUUCUAAAUGAGAUCAAACCACUUGCUGAUGAUCAUAUGGAACUUGCUUUGGAAAUUAAAAGUCAGGCUUCAAAAUUACUUUUGGCAAUUAUGGAAUCAAGACACGACGGAGAGAAUGCUAAUCGAGUCCUUAGAAAUAUGGCAAAUAUGUCCGGAGGUCCAAAGCAAUUGGUACAUGCAAUCAAGCAAGCAUAUGAAAUGACUAAUUCAAAUCAUCAUAUGCUAAAAUCAAUUAGUCGAGAUUUGUUCAGACAAGCUGAAGAUGAUUUGAAAAAGAAGUCAGGCCCACAAAUAACUGUCAAUACAGUGACUCUUCCUGAAAUCAAUGUAGAUGCUUCUGGAAUUGUAUCAAUUCAUACUGAGAAGAACAUUUCCAGUUCGCUAGAUGAUAAGUUCAAUGAUGAUGAUAUUCCAAGUGUAGAUCCUCGAGAAGUUGGUCAUAACAUUUAUAUUCUUGCUCAUCAACUUGCUAUUCACGAUGGAGAAUUAGAGAUUUGGUUGGAUGGAAGUGAUGAAAAGAAAGAUGAUUUAACAAGAGAAGCGUUGAAUUAUUAUAAGGAGAGAACAGCUCAAAUUGAGAUCGUUCGACGUGACCGGACAUUGGAACGUGUUGUGUUCCCAAUCAACGACAUCUGUUCGUAUUUGACAAAAGACACAAAGGACUAUGUGUAUAACAACACAGAACGGGACAAUCAAGGAUCAAAAGUCACUGAAUUCUUUGAUGAAUGGGAGACAAUGUAUCAUGAAAUGAUUUGGCAAAGAAAACUUCAGGAUCGGAAAUGGUUAUCCUGGUGUGCAUUCAGAUUACCUCUUUGGACAAGAUUAUCAUUUCAUUUUGCAUUUAUUGUCAAUGCAUUGGUCGCUCGUUAUUAUCCACUUCCAGAGCAUUCAAAUUCUUCGAUCUCACUUGGCAACUUAUACAGUUGGUUUGCCGUAUUCAGCUCAUUCCUACUGGCUCAUUAUCUUCGACAUGACAAAAUAUAUCUUCAUAAAACAUCCCUACUAAUACUUGCAAGUCUAUGUUUCCUGUUACUUAGUUCAAUUGGUGUCACUCUAACGCUUUACAUAUUCGGGAUUCUACAGCUAGUCAAUAAAAUAGUCCACGUUGUUGCAUUCGUGAGUAACAAAGGAUUGGAAGAUCGACCUAUUGCAGAAAUAUUAGCAUGUCGGAAUCUUCACUAUCUACUCGUUUACCUUUUCAUUUGUAUUCUGGGUCUUUUGGUGCAUCCGAUGAUAUACUGCAUACUGCUUUUUGAUAUAAUUUUCACAGAGGAGACACUUCAAAAUGUGAUUGCUUCGGUUACAAGGAACUAUCAAUCAAUCGUUUGGACUGGAUUACUUGCUCUGAUUCUUCUUUACUUUUUCUCCAUAUUGGGAUUCUUGUAUUUCAGGCAUGAUUUCUAUUUGGAAGUUGAUCCAGUUGAAAAUGAUUCAUCUGCAACAAUUUCAUCCGGAAUACCAUCAGAAACGUGCCCAUCAGAAGGAUGCCCAGGAUUACAACCAUCAGAAAAAGAUGACAAUGAUGAUGAGAAGAAAGUAAAAUCUUGUGAAACAUUAUGGAUGUGUAUACUUCAAACUGGAUAUCAAGGACUUCGUAACGGUGGAGGAAUUGGUGAUGUACUCAGGAAUCCAGCUCCAUGGGAAGAUAUGUUCAUAUGGAGAGUUGCUUAUGAUAUGACUUUCUUUGUUGUUCUUAUCGUUAUUGUUCUCAAUUUGAUUUUCGGAGUCAUCAUCGACACAUUCGGAGAUUUGAGAGCCGAGAAAAACGAGAAAGAACAAAUUUUGAAAAACAACUGUUUCAUUUGUGGAUUAGAUAGAUCUCGUUUUGACAACCGAUCAGUGACUUUUGAAACACAUCGAGAAACGGAGCACAAUAUUUGGCAUUAUUUGUAUUACAUUGUGAUGCUCCAAAUUAAGGAUGAAACUGAGUUCACAGGACCCGAAAGCUACGUGGCACAAUGUGUUAAAGAUCGGAAUUUGGACUGGUUCCCAAGAAUGCAGGCAUUGUCGUUACAAGAUUCAGAAUUAGACACAGAUCAAUCGGAAGUUAAACAAAUGAAGGAUCAGUUGUUGCAGAUGAUGACCCUUAUGCGAGAGAUCAUCAGUCAAAAUGAAGAAUCUCGGGCUUUCAUGGAACAAUUUCAGCCUCGUUAGACCUACUGAAAAUAGAUUUAUUGGAUAGAUUUUUAUUUGUUUCUUUUUCCAAAACCCAUAUUUAUAACCCUGUGAUUGUUUUCCCUUUUCUCGUCACAAAACCUGUUUAGUCGUUUUCAAAACCGGUAUUUCAAUGUUUUUUUUUACCUGUCUUCAACGUAUUUUUAUUUUUUCGUCUUUAUCUAAGUUUGAUUUUCAAAUAAAAUAAUUUUGCUUGAAAGUAUUAA